CUCUUCCUAUCCCUCUCCUAUUCUCAUCGACCCAACAAUCGGCCUCGAUCCCUAUAUAUCCUGACGUCUCCCACGGUGGUCUCUUUCAACCGCGUCCGGUCUUUUCCAUAAUCUGAUCAACAGGCCCUCGGGAGAUAGUUAGCAGCCAAGUCGGCUGCCAACAUUCCAUCACCGAACGGGUCCUGUGUUGCUUUUUGGGUGACCGCAUAUCAGUGGUUCUGAUUGUCUCAUCAUGGGCCAGUCGCAUUCCAAAACCAACUCUAACCAGGGAGACACCCUGCAGUCGUAUCCUUCCUUCUCCCGCUCCGAAACCAAGGAGUCUCUCCGCUCCAUCCGGGGUUCCCUCCGAUCCAGGAUCCUCAGUAGUGACAGCCCCCGCGCCUCCACCUCCGCACUAUCGGAUGACCGCUCCGAGACCGGGUCCGUCAAGUCCGUCGGCAGCCGACGCAGCUCCACGAACCUCAGCACCACCCAGUCGGGCGUCGCGGAUGACACCGCCUCCCAGCCCGAUGCCCCCGACCCGCCGCCUUCGCCGUCGCUGUCGACCAGCCUGAGACGGGGCCAUCAAGAUGUGGGUGCCAUGCAGCAGAGUGGGGAGGUCGACCAUGUCUCCGAUGCGCCGCUCAACGCCAGGGCGGCGCCCGUGGGCCCGUCCUCGCAGGCGGUGGGCGAAUCCAUCCUCAUCAAGCGCGAGGGUCAGAUGAAUCCCAUCCUGGAUUUCAUCAUGAACCCGCCAUCGGAGGCCUCCUCGUCGCCGGGCAUGGGCAUGGGCGCCUUGAAGUCGAUCGACCUGGAUGACAUGAUCUCGCGUCUCCUGGACGCGGGUUACUCGACCAAGGUCACCAAGACCGUCUGUCUCAAGAACGCCGAGAUCACGGCCGUCUGCAGCGCCGCCCGCGAGCUGUUCCUGUCCCAGCCGGCCCUGCUGGAGCUGUCCGCACCCGUCAAGAUUGUGGGAGACGUGCAUGGCCAAUACACCGACCUAAUCCGACUGUUCGAGAUGUGUGGCUUCCCGCCGACCUCCAACUACCUCUUCCUGGGUGAUUAUGUCGACCGUGGCAAGCAGAGCCUCGAGACCAUCCUCCUCCUUCUCUGCUACAAGCUCAAAUACCCCGAGAAUUUCUUCCUCCUGCGUGGCAACCACGAAUGCGCCAACGUGACCCGCGUGUAUGGGUUCUAUGACGAGUGUAAGCGCCGCUGCAACAUCAAGACCUGGAAGACCUUCAUCGACACCUUCAACUGCCUGCCCAUCGCCUCCAUCGUAGCGGGGAAGAUCUUCUGCGUGCACGGCGGGCUCUCCCCGAGUCUCUCCCACAUGGACGACAUCCGUGGCAUCGCUCGACCCACUGACGUGCCGGAUUACGGCUUGCUGAACGAUCUGCUCUGGAGCGAUCCGGCGGACAUGGAGGAAGACUGGGAGCCCAACGAGCGCGGUGUCAGCUAUUGCUUCGGAAAGAAGGUGAUCAUGAACUUUUUGCAGCGCCACGACUUCGACCUGGUGUGCCGCGCCCACAUGGUGGUCGAGGAUGGAUAUGAAUUCUAUCAGGACCGGGUUCUCGUGACCGUGUUCUCCGCCCCGAACUACUGCGGUGAAUUUGACAACUGGGGCGCGAUCAUGUCGGUCUCGGGCGAAUUAUUGUGUAGUUUCGAGUUGCUGAAGCCUUUGGAUUCGACGGCGUUGAAGAAUCAUAUUAAGAAGGGCCGGAACAAGCGAAACAGCAUGCUGAGCAGUCCGCCCGCGACCGUGUCUGCGCAGAGCUUCUAAUCGCCCUGGGGUUUGGUGCCGCGAAAACGGCUAAUUGCCUUGGGAUGUCACCAUCGAAUAUCUGGGGUAGACCUGGCGGUCCGUCCCUGCCAAUAUUCUGUCUCCAACCGUGGUCUCUGGGGCCUUGACUAGGACGGUCGAUACGACAGCAGAUCGG